GGGUCUCCAGGAGGGGGCAGGGGAGGGCCUGGGCGGAGCCGAGCGAGCCUCCUGGGCCUUGUAGUUCUCGGGGCCGGCCGGGGACAGGAGAGGACUGGAGCGGAGCCGAGCCGAGCUCAUCGCGGCGCCUCGCCUUGCUGCGCUUGGGGCGGGACCGGGGGCCGGACGCUCCCUCUGGGCAGACGCGCAGCGGAGGCUGCUGCGGCGCGUUCCCGGCGAAGGAGGUCCCGGAGGACAGGCGCCAGAAGCCGGGGCAGACCCAGGGCAGGGCCAGGGCCCGAGGAGGCCGGCGGCGGCGGCGACAGCUACGGGGACAGCAUGGUGUGAGGGCUCCUCCAGCCCCAAUCGAGGCGAGGCCAGUUGGGAGGCCGGCAUGGGCGGCCGCCGUCGCUGCCGCAGCUGAGGGCCGCCCGGCGGGCAGGCAGGCACUCUCCCGGCGCCGCCCGGCGCAGCGCAGCCAGGUCCCCUUCCUUGUCCGCCCCCGCAGCCCCCCGCACCCCGCCGCCGCGGCCCGGGACCAUGGCGGGGGCCAUGGAAGAGGAGGAGUACACCAAGCUGGUGAUGGAGUCGCAGCCCGAGUGGCUGCGGGCCGAGGUCAAGCGGCUCUUCCAUGAGCUGGGCGAGACCACCCGCGAGAAGAUCCAGGCGGCCGAGUACGGGCUCGUAGUGCUGGAGGAGAAGCAGCAGCUGAAGCUGCAGUACGAGGAGCUGGAGCUGGAGUAUGAGACCAUUCGCAGCGAGAUGGAGCAGCUCAAGGAGGCCUUUGGACAAGCUCACACCAACCACAAAAAGGUGGCUGCGGACGGCGAGAGCCGGGAAGAGACCCUCAUCCAGGAGUCGGCCACCAAGGAGGAGUACUACGUACGCAAGGUCCUGGAGCUGCAGACAGAGCUGAAGCAGCUGCGUAAUGUCCUGACCAACACGCAGUCAGAGAAUGAGCGACUCAAUUCUGUGGCCCAGGAGCUGAAGGAGAUGAACCAGAAUGUGGAGAUCCAGAGGGCGCGUUUGCGAGAUGACAUUAAGGAGUACAAGUUCCGAGAAGCCCGCCUGCUGCAGGACUACACGGAGCUCGAGGAGGAGAACAUCUGCCUCCAGAAGCAAGUGUCCGUCCUGAAGCAAAACCAAGUGGAGUUUGAAGGCCUCAAACACGAAAUCAAAAGGCUGGAAGAGGAAACAGAGUAUCUCAACAGCCAGCUGGAGGAUGCCAUCCGCCUCAAGGAGAUCUCUGAGCGCCAGUUGGAGGAGUCCCUGGAGACCCUGAAGACAGAGCGUGAGCAGAAGAACAACCUUCGCAAAGAGCUGUCCCACUACAUGAACAUCAAUGACUCCAUGUACACCAGCCACCUGAACUUCUCCCUGGACGGCCUCAAGUUCAGCGAUGAGACGGCCGAGCCCAACAAUGAUGACGUCAUGGUGAACGGCUUCGAGCACGGUGGGCUGCACAAGAUGGCGGCCUGUGACAGCAACAAGACGUCCACGCCUAAGAAGGAGGAGGGCUUCCCGCCAGCCCCCAGCCUGGUGUCUGACCUGCUGAGCGAGCUCAACAUCUCAGAAAUCCAGAAACUGAAGCAGCAGCUGAUGCAGAUGGAGCGAGAAAAGAUGACCCUGCUCUCGACGCUGCAGGAGUCCCAGAAACAGCUCGAGUCCACGCGGGGAGCCCUGUCCGAGCAGCACGAGAAAGUCAGUCGUCUCACCGAGAACCUCACAGCCAUGAAGAAGCUCCAGGUCAGCAAGGAGCGCCAGUCAGCGCUGGACAAUGAGAAGGAGCGCGACAGCCACGAGGACGGUGACUACUACGAGGUAGACAUCAAUGGCCCCGAGAUCCUGGAGUGCAAGUACAAGGUGGCCAUGGCAGAGAUGGGCGAGCUGAGGGAGGAGCUGAAGACCCUGAAGGGCCGCUAUGAGGAGUGUGCGUCCAGGUAUGAAGAGGAGAAGGGCCGCUACGAGACCGAGGGUCAGGCCCUGACAGAGAAGAUCGCGCUGCUGGAGAAGUCCAGUCGGCUGGACCGAGAGCACAUGGCCAGGCUGGAGAAGGAGCUGAAGAAAGUGAGUGAUGUGGCUGGGGAGACUCAGGGCAGUCUGACUGUGGCCCAGGAUGAGCUGGUGACCUUCAGCGAGGAGCUGGCCAACCUUUACCAUCAUGUCUGCAUGUGUAACAAUGAGACCCCCAACAGGGUGAUGCUGGAUUACUACAAGGAGGGGAAGGGCGGUGGGCGCAUCAGCCCCGAAGGCAAAGGGAGGCGCUCGCCGAUCCUGCUCUCCAAGGGGCUCUUGGCCAUCGACCUGGGCAAGACAGAGAAUGGAAGCGGGGACAGCUCACCCUCCCCCAGCUCCUCUCUGCCAUCCCCUGUGUCAGACCCCCGCAAGGAGCCCAUGAACAUUUACAACCUGAUCGCCAUCAUCCGGGACCAGAUCAAACAUCUGCAGGCAGCCGUGGACCGCACCAUGGAGCUCUCUCGCCAGCGUGUGGCUACGCAGGAGCUGGGGCCAGUCGUGGACAAGGACAAGGAGGCCCUGAUGGAGGAGAUCCUGAAGCUGAAGUCUCUGCUGAGCACCAAGCGAGAGCAGAUUGCCACUCUGAGGACCGUGCUGAAAGCCAACAAGCAGACAGCUGAAGUCGCCCUGGCCAACCUCAAGAGCAAAUAUGAGAAUGAGAAGGCCAUGGUGACAGAGACCAUGAUGAAGCUCCGCAACGAGCUGAAAGCCCUGAAGGAGGAUGCUGCGACCUUCUCCUCACUGCGGGCCAUGUUUGCCACCAGAUGUGAUGAGUACGUCACCCAGCUGGAUGAGAUGCAGCGUCAGCUUGCGGCCGCGGAGGACGAGAAGAAAACCCUGAACUCCCUGCUCCGCAUGGCCAUCCAGCAGAAGCUGGCCCUGACGCAACGGCUGGAGCACCUGGAGCUCGACCACGAGCAGGCGAAGAGGGGGCGCACCAAAUCAGGCUCCAAAGGCAAGAGCAACACCCCAAGUGUAAGUCACCUGCGGUCCUGUGCGGACAGGCCCGAGGGGGCCAUGCUUGGCAACCAGGUGUUCUGCAGCGAGAAGUAUAAGAUUUACUGUGACUAGGGAGGCUCUCGGGAAGCCACGUGGGAUGGUGUGCACAUCUAACCGUCCGCUGUCUUUGUUUUCUGCUUAACGCCCCACUAACGUUUCAGCGAUGGAGGCUAUUGCUAGUUUGUCCUUACCAACCGUGUCGUACACGUUGCAUUACGCUGGUCUUGACAAUGAGCGAUUCAUGCGUAAGGGGGAUGUCACUAGUUACACAGUUAUUGUAGUGGGGACUGGACCCUUUCCACCAUGAACAUGGAUGGGGGGAUCCUUUUUUUUUUCUUUUCUAUUAAAGGGAGCGUGUCCUCGAAUCUGUAUAUGUUGGGUGGCACCAGCUGUAGUGUGUAGAGCACAAACAUGACCUCCGCCCCUUCCUGGGCUGUAUCAAGCACACAUCAGAUUUCCCAGCCUCCUUUUCAGAUGGACAGGCAGGCUGGAGAUGAUGAGGUGGUCCCAGAAAUCGUUGCAGGACAGCAUGGAGAAUCAGGCAUUUGUCACAGAAGAUUCGUGACUUGCCCAUUAGUAGAAGUUGGGCCACUAGUCAUUGGGGGGAAAGAUGAUUGAGUGAGCUUCCAGGAGGUGGGUGGGAGGUACAUUGGUUCUCCCAAACUUGCACAUUUCAUGUUAUAUAUACAUAUAUAUUAUAAAAGUUAUGCAAUUUAACCCCCCCUCGGGAAUAUGACAUAAGAUAGGGUGUGUAUUGACGUAGUCUGUCACCUGGCAAAGUGGCUCUUGGGCCAGCCUUAGGUAGUCUUUUGCAGCAUGUGGUAUUUAGGAAAGAAAUGCUGUGUCCACAGGCCAUCCACGCAUGAACUUAGCUAGGUCAGUGUGGGUAGGAAUGUGUGCGAGAUCCAGCCUGUUCCCUGUGUGACUGUCCUGGCUUAGCUUUACCCAAGCACACACAGGGAGCAGAUUUUCUAAGCUGAGGAAGAAAGGAUUCUUUAAAAACACACACACACACACAUACAUACAUACAUACAUACAUACAUACAUACAUACACACACUGGCAUUUCUUAUGCAAGCAGAGCGAGCUGUAGGUGCAGGAAAUUAAACCAGUUCAUCUUGCUGAUGCCCACUGGAGAGCUCUGGUGAUUCGGAGACUUUCCUGGAGACUUUUAGACACUUGAGUCCAAUUUCCCAAGAACCAAAAUCAGACAAAAGGCCCUCUAAGCUUGGUGCCUGGAGGGCUAUGGAAGGCCAGAAGCUGCUGUUUUUGUGCUGAGGCCUAGGGGAUUGAGGAGGCAGAGGAGGCACAUGGUUUGGUUUUUCUUUUGAAACAAAGUGCCUGAUGCCCCUCCCUUCCUUUUCUAUGGGGAGCCCUGUUCUUUUUUCACAUCUAGAACAUGCUAAAGAAUGGAAAUCACCAAUGUGGUUUCCAGGGCUGAUAUUAGGACAAGCAGAUUGAAGAAAUGGGGGGUUUUGUCCUGGGUUUGUUUUUUUUUUUCAAUAAAUUCUUUUUGGAAAAUAGCUGAGAUAAGAAAAAAAGAUUGAGAAAGCUCAGUAUAUGCUCUGUCUCCUAUAAUAACCAUUUGUUUUCAUGAAUUAGGACUUUGAUUUUGCUAAUGAGCAGCUUAUGUUAUUUUAGAAGCAAAUGCACUAAGUCCACUGCCGCUCCAGUCCCCCCUCCCCCAUACGCCCCCACCGGGGCCCCAGUUGGCCUUUAUGUUUUUCCUCCUUCUUUCAGACUAGAUCCUCCAGCAGACACUGGCUCCUUUUUCCAUGCGAUGAUGCCGGUGUUUCCCUGGGGGCGGGAAGCUGCUCCCACACGCACCCAGGCCUAGAGGGGCCACUAAGGGACAGCCUAGUGGUACAAGGACAGAUUUCAGGAGAUGAGACCUGCUGCCCAGGAAGGCUUUCCGAGUCCUUGAGAUUUUUCUAAAAAGGGAUCAGUGUUAUCAGGGGACCCGAGAUGAUGUGACUGUUUCCAAGCCCCGUCAUUGGUUUAAAAACACCUUUCAGGUUGUCUUCAGCCUCCAUCAUUUCUCAAAGUCGUCGCCAAAUGUUUGUGUUUGGGUCCCAAACCGAGGUAGUAAUGUGACACAGUUGUGAAACAAUGAAUCCAUCCUGCCAGUUUGGCUGCACGUGUAGACGAUGCUCUAUGAAAGACUGUGGGGCUUGUACGUUCUUUGCUCUUUUCUCCUGGGCUUGGUCUGUGUCCAAUCUUAGCCUCUACUUACUUGGCUCUUUGCGGAUUUUUAACAUGGGAAAUUUCUUCAGCCAUCACCUACCUCCUCGAGCAGGCUCCUGUCGGUUGGAUUUCGGCGUUAGCCCGCAUGACCCACACUUCCUGCAUGUUUUUCCAGAGACCAUUUAGCUUCACUGAUAAACUCUCCUGAUGCUUCUGGCCCCUUGCUCCUCCAGCCUCUCCAUUCAGUACUUGUAAGAAAUCUUUUUUUCCAGCAAAUGCCCCAGCCCAGUUCUCCCUGGCCCUCUUGGCUUCCCAGCCCCUCGGCUCAGGGGCUGCUCCUCUAACAGACCAACACUUGGGUCCUCUCUCGCCACCCCACUAACCUGCUCUGUAGCUCUCCAAGUGCUGCCAGUAUUAAGAUGUCAAGCCUCUUAAUGGGAUACAUGACCUGUUUUUUCUAACACGAUUUCAUUUUUCCCCCCAUUUUCAGCUGUAGAGUAGUACCCGGAGACGGAAUUGGCCCUCAGUGCCCUCGGUCAGAUUGCAGCUUUCUUAAACUGCUCAUGCUGGUGGCUAAACCAGCCCAGGGAGCUCUGGUUGCCCAAAGGAAUGGACGAAAUCCCAAAUUUCCACUCUCUCUCUUUUUCUUUUUCUCACAAAUGUCCUAACUGCACUCAUUUUCAAAAUUGUAUAUCCUGGGUUGGAAGGAGAAAACCUGCACACCUCAUGUGCUCAUAUUGCUGCAGGAAAAAUUUUUUACAAGUGCUGAAGAAACCGCCUUCAAACAAACAAUGAG